UUUUUUUUUUACUGCAGAGUGAAACAGAGUGCAGGCUAGCUGAAGCCCACCUUGCUCAACCUAUCAAAAUCUUGUCUUUGAAUUACCGAACAGUUUAAUUGGGAAAAGGGUUUUCCUGGAAACACAAAAAAUACAAAUAUGUUUGAAGCUCAAGCAAUUUGCACUCGAACAAGGCUCCAAUUACCCAUUUUUACCAGAAACUGCAUUUCCAGACCCAUAAUUGGUUUUGUGGCUAGAAUUUCAAAUCCAAAUGAACUGUUGUGCCAAACCCACUCUUGCUCUUUCUUGUCUCCUCCGGAGGACAUUAGAACUCAGACCCGUUUCACAUUCAAUGCUUCCUCAUCUUCAGUUGGAAGUGCAGAAUACAUAGAGGAACCUGCUACCAAAGUGAGAUUUCAGACAUCUUUGAGCUUGCCAGGUUGCUCAAUUUCAUUGUCGUUGCUUGGAACCGGAUACAGGGAAAAAGUCUUUGCAAUUAUUGGCGUUAAAGUCUAUGCUGCAGGGCUAUAUGUGAACCAGUCCAUCUUAAAUAGUUUGAAUGCUUGGAAAGGAAGAUCAGCUGCUGAGAUUCAAGAGGAUUCGUCAUUGUUCAGCACCAUUUUUCAAUCUCCCCUGGAGAAAUCAUUACAGAUUGUUCUGGUUAGAGAUGUUGAUGGUAAAACUUUUUGGGAUGCCUUGAAUGAUGCUAUCUCCCCAAGAAUCAAAUCACCCACUCCUGUUGAUGAAUCAGCACUGUCCACAUUCCGUAGUAUCUUCCAAGGGCAACCCCUUAAAAAGGGAACUUUCAUAUUUUUGACUUGGCCAGACCCUUUGAAAAUGCUUGUUUGCAUCUCCGCUGAUGGGCUUCCGUCUAGUGUGGAUGCUGCAAUAGAAUCAGAAAAUGUGGCUUUGGCUCUUUUCGAUGUAUUCUUUGGAGAUACUCCAGUUUCUCCCUCCUUAAAAUCAUCCGUUGUGAAUGGACUGGAAUCAGUCCUCAAGUAGAUGACACAAGUUAGCUUUUUCCUCCUCCUUUUUUUGGAGAUAUGGUUUUAUUCAACCACUGUAUGUCUGUCUAUUUGUCACUUGAGCUGCUUAGCAAAAAAGAAAAAGGUUACUUGAGCUGUCAUCUUUCUUCUAUGUAUCUGUUUAUGUACCUACUUGACAAGGAAAUUGAUGUAUAAUCUAAAAGAAAAUAUGUUUCUCACC